UGCAGCUGGAACCUGGAAGACCUCUUCCGAGUCCUAAUGAUUUGAAAAGGAAGAUCCUUAUUAAAAACAAGAGAAUGAAACCAGAAGUCGAAAAACAGGAACUUGAAUUGUUUAUGCGAGGUCAGUUAGCAAAUGAUGAUGACGAAGAAAAUGCAGAUAAUCCGCAAAAUGAAGGAGGAGAGGCACAGACAUCAACAGAAGAAAAGAAGGAAGUUUCGGAAGAACAAGCAGCCAUGGCAAAUUAUCAAUACACUGGGGCUACAACGCUUGUCCAUCCUUAUCUUUCAUCAAUGAUUAACUAUGCCCAACCUAUAAAGUUCCAAGGAUUCGAUGUUGCUGAAGAAAAGAACAUACAUCAUAACAUGUCAUCUUUUGCCGAAACGGCUGCACUAGGCUAUUUGAAGUCACAAGCUAUUGAAUUUGUUAACUAUAACAAACGACAAAUGAGUCGUAUUUAUCCCAAAGGAACUCGUGCUGAUUCAAGUAACUACAUGCCUCAGAUCUUUUGGAAUGCUGGCUGCCAGAUGGUUGCCUUGAAUUUUCAAACUUCAGACUUGCCCAUGCAAUUAAAUCAAGGCAAAUUUGAAUACAAUGGUGGAUGUGGGUACCUUUUAAAACCCGAUUUCAUGCGCCGCAAAGACAGAACAUUUGAUCCUUUUGCAGAAUCUCCAGUGGAUGGUGUGAUUGCAGCUCAGUGUUCUGUCAGAGUUAUAUCUGGACAGUUCUUGUCGGACAAAAAAGUCGGGACCUACGUAGAAGUAGAUAUGUACGGUUUGCCCACAGACACCAUAAGAAAGGAAUUUAGAACCAGACUCGUGCCUGCUAACGGCCUGAACCCUGUCUACAACGAGGAACCUUUCGUCUUCAGAAAAGUUGUCCUGCCAGAUUUAGCAGUUAUACGAAUAGCUGUAUUUGAUGAAAAUGGGAAAAUGCUGGGGCAGAGAAUUUUGCCUCUGGAUGGCUUACAAGCAGGUUAUCGUCACGUGUCUCUGCGAACAGAUGGAAAUUUUCCGAUGUCACUGGCGAUGUUAUUCAUCUGUAUAGAAUUAAAAAUUUACAUUCCUGAUGGAUUAGGAGAUCUAAUGGACGCUCUGUCUGACCCAAGAGCUUUCCUUUCGGCUCAAGAGAAAAGAGUUGCUCAGAUGAAAGCUAUGGGAAUUGAAGAAUCAGAUGUGCAAACUCAAGACCUGAAGCUGGGUGGCGGCAAAGUAAAUGCCAAGAAAGAUGAUGACAAGAAAGAUGAUUAUAAAUUGGAAGUAAUCACCAAAGACUCACUAAAGGAACUUAAACCAUUCCAAAAGCUUAAAAAGAAGCAUAUGAAGGCUCUUAACUCUUUGAUGAAACGACAAGCGAAAGAUAAAGCUGCGAUUCAGAAGUUCCAAUGUACUGCAAUAGAGAAAUAUAUGAAGAACUCCAAACAGUCUGAUCUUACACAAGAUGCGAAGAUGAAGGAAUUAGUGAUCAGCCAGAUGGAACAAUGGUCGGAACUUGUGGAGAAGCAUAAAAAAGAAGAAUGGGAACUGUUGAAUACUCAAGCCUCUGAGCAAGGCAACAUUUUGGAACGACUCAUGAACUUAGAACAGGUUAAACAGCUGCGACAACUGGAGCAAAAAUUCGACAUUGAAAAUAAAGAAAUGAAAGCCAGACAAGCUAAAAUAUCUAUGGAGACGGCCAAGGAGGUAAACAAUGAUAGGACGCUCAGAAACAAAGCUGAAAGAGAAAGACGCCUGAGAGAAAAAAACAGUAACAAUACGAAGAAGUUCAUUGAUGAAAGGAAAGCUACUGCAAUGAAGCAAGGCAAGGAGAGAGACAAGCUUACAAAAAGCCACGACAAGCAGCACUCUGAGCUUACCAAGAAUACACAAAUUGAAGUUGGAAUGUAUGAUAAUGCAGAAAUUGAAUACAAAUUAGCGAAUAAGAAAGUAUUCGUAAUAUGAAGCUUUACUGGACAUCAUAGCUGUAAUUAUGCAAUAACAAAUUUUAAUCGAAAGAUCAAACAAAUAAGAAAUGGCCCAUCUUCAAAACUGUACUAUAAUGAUAUUUUUAAUAUACGAUUGAAGAAAGUUCCUGGACUUUUAAAUCUGAUAUUUCUUUAGAAAAUAUGUGAAAAAUAAAUAUUAUCGAAAUAUUU